AUGUACGACGACGUGGAGACUUUCUUGGAUAUGGACGCUCCUUACGUCUACGACGAUCCUGAACAAUACUUGGAUACCACCAGCUCAUCCGAGUCGACAAGUCCCGUCAUGUCUAGUUUUGACAUAACCCUCGUAAAUGACUUCAACGGCCUGGAUCAAGGCAUCUAUCCCAGCCCCAUGAGCUCGUCUCGCGACACAGCGUCACCGCAGCCCACUUCGGAAGAUAAGACAGCUCCGGCCAAGGCCCCCGCCAAGAGGAAGCGCGAGAACCGCUACAAAAACGCGCCCCCGUCGGUCCUUUCGCGUCGCCGUGCACAGAACAGGGCCUCGCAACGGGCGUACCGAGAGCGCAAGGACCAGCGCAUAAAGGAUCUCGAGGUCAUGCUCGCCGAGCAAAAGCAGAAGAGCGACUCCCUCAGUCAGGCCUACUCAUCCCUACACGCCGAGUACAUCAAGCUCCGGGACGAGCAGGUGAGGGCGCAGCAGGUCCCGCGACAACGCAACGCGCCGCCAAUGGCCUACGAUGCGUCCAACGUCGCCGCCCACUUGGGGAUGCCCACACACUCGGGGACGAUGAAUUUCGCCGACAACAUGUUCAUGUUUCAGGAUAUGCAGAAUUACACACUCUGA